AUGUUUCAGGAGUUAGCUAGCAUACAGGACUCGCCCUACUUGCUACUUCCGCUCGCCUCUUUCCUCGGAUCAUAUCCCCUCUCGGACAUGGGCGGCCUCCGUACGCGUUGUUUGACUGCCUUUGAGCCCUUCGUCGCGGACUGGAAUGGUGGCGGCUGUGAUGAGGAAACUAGAAAACUCAUUCCUGGCGCUCUCCGACAGGUUUUGCGCGCGGCCAGCCCAGACGUGAAGGCUGUGUUCAUUUCCGGUCUGCAGUCCUGUGAUGGUAUAUUUAAAGGCUAG